UUCCUCUCGCUCGCGAGACAGCGAGCCCAGCAACUUGCCUUGGUGAUCCACGGCAUUCAAGAUAAAGGCUACCUGGAAUUUAUAGCGCAAAAGAGACAGAGGCAAUGCGGAAAUAGGUGGACAGUCCAUGUCACCGAUUUUGCAUCCCACUCCCAGGCUGAGGAUCUGAGAGUUCGCGGGGAUUGCAAUUAAGUGACAAGAAUUAUUUUUAUUUUUUCCUUCCUUUUCCUCAUAGCGCUUAAAUUACCAGCUUUAAACUACACUUCACUGAGGAUUUGAAACAUUCUUUUUGCGUUUGGCAGUGGGCUGAGAAGAAAAAUUAUACCAGAGGAUCAAGCAACACUUUUUUUCUUCUUGUGACCAUCAACAUGGACGUGUUGGCAAAUUACAGUAUUUUUCAGGAACUUCAGCUGGUGCACGACACGGGCUACUUCUCGGCGAUGCCAUCGCUGGAGGAGAACUGGCAGCAGACAUGUCUCGAACUGGAGAGGUACCUACAGACGGAGCCCAAAAGGCUUUCGGAGCUCUUCGACGAGGAGCUUGACUGCCUCCUUACGCCAGCCUUCAUGAGGGGAGACAGCGACGAGGACCUGAUGGACCCUCUGCUGCCCAAUUUAUCCGACGAGCCCAGCCCUCCACCUCUUCUGGUAUCCCUUCCCAAAAACCUCCAUGCCCCAGCCAACGCCAAGAGUACCGACACAGGGCUAAAAGAAGCCAGUGGAGGGGUUAAUCCCGCCCAGCUAAACGCAGUCACAUCCCUCACACCACCUUCCUCACCGGAGUUGGGACGCCAUCUUGUGAAGCCCACGCAGACUCUUACCGCCACAGCUGAUGGCACGCUCACGCUGAAACUGGUGGCCAAGAAAGUGGGACUUGGGGCAGCAAAGUUAGUGGCGACACAUUCGCUACCUUCGCCACCAAAUCGCGGGGCACAGAGCGACGGUGAAGGAGGCCUGGGAACAGUAGGCGGAGGGGACAUCCCGGAAAACAAAAAGAGGGUCCAUCGUUGCCAGUUUAAUGGCUGUAGGAAGGUUUACACAAAAAGCUCCCACCUAAAGGCACACCAGAGGACACAUACAGGUGAGAAACCUUACAAAUGCUCCUGGGAAGGCUGUGAAUGGCGUUUCGCACGAAGCGACGAACUGACAAGGCACUACCGCAAACACACUGGUGCCAAACCUUUCAAGUGCAACCACUGCGACAGAUGUUUUUCCAGGUCUGAUCACUUGGCUCUGCACAUGAAGCGACAUAUCUAAGGCCGAGGGAGACGGGAGAGAGAGAGUGAGAGAAAAAGAGUGAGAACGAAGAGAAGAACAUGUGUGCACCGCCCAUUCGGGAACAUUCACAACAGACUUUGGGUGCACACGAGGGGUCUGGCCACAAACGUCACCAGGAGGAACAUGCGAGGCAGCGUGGGCAAGCGUUGUUGGAUUCUACACCCUCUCAAGACCGUACAAAAGCCUUUUCAUCAGCGAUUAGCCAUGCCUUACUGAGCGUUAGCUUGGAGGUCAGACACUGCCAAACACCACCUUUUUUUCCCCUCAUUCUCUUUUUGUACAGUAACUUACCACUAGCAUGGGACAGUAAACUGAACGCUACAUGUACAAAACCGAAACGCACAUGUCAUUCAUCACGUAACAUAGUUCUACUAGAGAAUCAACGUUCAUUGUACAUUCUGGAACUUCCUU